AUGCUGAGAUAUUCGACAUUAGUGUGGGGCAUAGAGUGGUGGGCUGCAAGUUGAGGAAGUCCAAUAAGGUAAAAGGUAAUGGGCCAAGCGAGCAAGCCUCUCCCUCUGAUGGGCCCGUUAGUCUUAGUGAGGCCCAGCUGAAAAAAAGAAGCAGAUAUGUUGAGCCUGACCUCAGUCAGGAUUCCAAAACUGAUUUGCGCACCCAGAGCACCACCGUCGCCGCUGCCCCGCCACGGCCGCACAACCGCCGCCGCCUUGAACCGCCUGUGCAGCCACGCUGUCUGCUUCUACAGGAACAUGCUAGAACGUUCAAGGUACAUUGUCUAGUUUUGAUGAUUUCCCGGUAUGUGUUUCAUGACAACUACCGGACUUUUCGGUAAAUUCGGGCAAGGGUAUUUUAAAUGGCACUAUUUACCCGAUCCGCCAUCCUGAACGACCACCUUUACCGUCGUUUUUACCUGCAUCCCUUUCGCACCUUUGUUGAUGCCAGAGUUAAAUGGGUCCGAGAUGCAUACCUUGAUUUUGCAGUCGAAAAAGAAAAAAACCUAAAACAAAUUAUCUCUCUAAAAAACUUAAUCAUCUCUCAACCCUCUAAAACCAUACCCCUUUCAACCGCAUCCGUUUACAAAACCACUUUUAAUCUCCCGACCACUGCUAUUAACUUCUUCCAAAAAUACCCUUCGGUGUUUGAAAUCUUCCAACCCUCCAAACCAUCUUCCCUCCCUCACGUCAAACUGACCCCUCAAGCCCUCACCGUUCACAACGAAGAAUCCAAGAUUCUUAACUCGACCCGUUACCGGAAAGAUGUGGCUCAGAGAUUAACAAAACUGUUAAUGCUCACACGAGCGGGAAGACUUCCGUUAAACAUUAUUGAUCUAUUACGUUUCGAUCUUGGUCUGCCACAUGAUUUUAUUCUCACGUUACUUCCUGAAUUUCCAGACUAUUUUCAAAUUUGUAACAUGGUUGACAACGAUUCAAACGUGUUUGGUCUAGAAUUGGUCACGUGGCGAGAUAAUCUCGCAACGUCAGUGUUGCAGAAAAGAUCAAUGGAUGAGAACAGCGGGAUUAGACGGGAAAAUCCGAUUAAAUUUUCUAUUAAUUUACCGAAAGGUUUUGAUUUGGAAAAGAAAGUAAGAAUCUGGAUGCAUGAAUGGCAGAAUUUGCCGUACAUAUCACCGUAUGAAGAUGCAUUUUUUCUAUCACCCAACAGUGAUCAAGCCGAGAAGUACACAGUGGCUGUUUUACACGAAUUGAUGCAUCUUCUCGUAUCGAAAAAGACCGAAAAGGAAAAUUUGUUGGUUUUAGGGGAUUAUUUGGGAUUCGGGCCACGGUUUAAAAAGGCUUUGGUGCACCAUCCUGGAAUCUUUUACGUUUCGAACAAGAUCAGGACACAAACUGUGGUUUUGAGGGAGGCGUAUAAGAAGGAUCUAUUGGCUGAGAGGCAUUUGUUAAUGGGGAUGCGGUAUCGUUAUCUUCAUCUUAUGAACCGGAAAGUGAGAGUGAAGAGAUUAUAUGGGGUUCGAGUUAAUGGCAGUCAUAAGCGCGUGAGUUCUGUUAAAGGAGGUUAAUAAUUAGUUCUUAAUGCAAGCUUGAUGUUAUUGAUCAGUGGUCGCAAAAUGAGCCCCGGUUAUAUGGGUUAACGGGUCAAAAUGGACACUUUUAUAGUUCUAUUUACAUGUUGAUGCUGGGCGGGUCUGGUUAUUCUUUAUGCUGUGAGUGUCAAAUACUAUUCCCACUGUCUUAAAAAGGUUUCAAACACCCCUUUUGGGAUGUGCCAUCAUCAUCACCACAAAAUAUAUAGAGCCAUCUGGAGUUGAAAGAAUAUUGACUUCAAGGAUAUGUUCCAAUGUAUUUAAUUUUAAUUUUUAUAUGAUUUUUGGAUUCUAGAGUGAGUGAUUGUUGGGCCUGUAAGUAGGCUAUACUCCAAGCGGGCUUAAGUAGGGCAGGAUGGAGAGGUGAUGCAGGAUGUAAUGGGGUCAACAACGUUAAGUACAUCCUGAUUUGGAGAGGAAUCAAAGAAGAAAAUGGUCGAUACAGGAGCGAGAAGCGUAAGGGAGAGAGCAGGAACAAAACCCCUUUAAAUUGGCAUCACCUAAUACCUAUAUGGCACUGGCAGAUAGCAUCUUUUGCGGACAUUGCAUUGCGUGGCUACAUCCGUUGGCUCCCACUGUGGUUCGGACGCUGGGUAAUGGUUGGUUGACAUCCAUAUUAGGUUACAAAAUAUAUCAACAUUUAUAUAUUUUUUGAACUUCUAUAAUUAUCAGAUAUUAAAAUUCAAUAAACUUGUAAAGGUUUAUGAAUUUGUAAUAUUAGUUAACUUUUUUUU